GGCUAUAGUCAAUGGGCGUACUUCUGACUCGCGGAAACCAAUAAUAAAUUCCAGCUCAUAUAAAUUCGCUUUGGCUUUUAUGAUUUCGUCCGACGACAAAUCGAAAUAAUUACCGUGAAUUUGAAUUUACAGGGUAUUAAGACCAAGCAUUUGGGGCCACGAUGACAGAACAUCUCCCGCCGGUCAUCAGUAGCACGCAGAAAGUGAUCGACUACGGCAGCACGGCGAGAGCUGACCCAGCCACAAAUCUGCUUUCGCAAUCGCCUCCAACAGCUCCAAGCGCACGAGCCCAGCGAUCGCCCGCCUUUGUGGACCUGAGCGAAUCUUCCGGUGGCCAUCGAUAUUCAAGGAUGUCGCACAAAUUACCGCUUAGUGAGACCGAGCAGCCGCUGCAGCGCCUGGAGUACUCUCUGAAUGUGCUGAACCAAAUGUGCAUUGGAUUUGUCACCAUCUACAUGUCGUAUCUCACGCUGCAGACGGGCCUCGCAGGCACCGGACUGCACGCCUGGCUGGUUACCAUUGGGUUCUCCUUCUUCAUGGCGGAAGGCGUAAUGGUCCACUAUGGAGGCAACGUGCUAACGAACAGCUACAAGCGAUCCACCAAGACCACCAUCCAUUGGGUCCUACUGACGCUGGGCGGUGGCUGUGGGGCAGCCGGUGCCCUGAUCAAAAUGAUACAGAAGGGAUUUAUGCUGCAGUCCGUCCACGGCAGGUUGGGCAUUACCGCCUUUAUACUCUGUCUCCUGGCCAUGAGCUCCGGUCUGGCAGCUCUCUGCUCGGCGCGCGUUAAGAAAGUGAUCACGCCGCUGCUAAACAAAACAUUGCACAAUUUCCUGGGCUUCGCCUGCUUUGUCAUCGCCUUGGUCACCCAGUAUUACGGGUAUGAGACGGGCUACUUUAAGAGCCGCACCAAGGCCGACUUCCAAAUCUUGAUGAAGUGCAUAACGCUUAUUUCCCUGGUGCUCAGCAGCUAUGGUCCAAUGAAGGGGCUCUAUCAUAGAAUAAAAUCAAUUUCAAGGCAGUUCUAAAUCGGACGCAGAUUAGUUGGCGACACUUUAAAACAGAUCUGUGUGAUCAGUCUUCCUUAUCGCAACCCAGCAACCCUCUGUUAUUGAAUUGCAAACUGCUUUACUUGACUUUAAAGCCGUGAAUUCCCCAACUAUACCUCAUGCCUGCACUGGAAUUCCCCCAUA